AUGGUGCAGAAGCGGAAGAUGAUGCUUCGACGUUUGGACUUGGUGCAAAUCUUCCUAAUAGGAGGUUGCAGGAUGUAUGCCCUGUAUGAGCCGCUUUCCCUCCACUUGGCCAGCAAACGGGAUCGGGGGAGGAUGAAGCAACUGCUUUGGUUCCUCGUUUGGUUCGUCUGGGGGGCGAUGGGGACCAUCACGACUCAGCAGUUCUUUGCCCCCCAGAACUCGAACAUGAAGAUCACGUCGCCGAUUCGAGAGCUUCUUGUUCUUUCGGAGCUUCAGUGCGCCAUGGCUUGCAAGCAGAAUUCAACGUGCUUGAGCUACUCCGUGACAUACAGUUCUGGGAGUUUGAUCUGCCGCUUCGGAUACCGAUACGACGAGCCGAGGGCUGCCGAUGCAGAUAGCAAGUUCUUUUACAGAGAUGUGCCAGCAGGAUACAACCUGGUGCCGGGUACGAGAAGUUACGUGAAGAUGACCGUGCAGAGCAUCCCAGGAUCUAACACCGCGACGGCGUGCAAGAAUGAAGGCAGUCUCCUGGUCUCCUCCACUGACGAAGCGGUGCACAACUACACGAAGCAGCUGUGGGCCAAUCGACCGUCUGGGAGCAAUUUCGUGGUCGGUGGGGUGAGCGUCGCGAACCGGAACACUUGGAUAUUUCCAGAUGGCACCAACCUGACCGUCACCGGAUUAGGUCAAGCUGGCUUUUGUUCAUCCGAACCCAAUGGUGAUCCUGGCUAUUGCCUGCAUUUUUGGGUUCACGACCCCUUUCCUUGCUGGGCUGAUACUCCUUGCAGUACAAUCUACGACGGAUACAUCUGCGAAAUCAAAGUACCGGAUUGA